AUGGAAACUGCAACCUGGUCUCUGUCUCGUCAGAAGCAGAGUCAGCUGAAGGCUGAGGUCUUCAGGGAUACUGUUAUUUUGGUCUAUGUCUCGUCAGGACAGCAGAGCCAGCUGAAGGCUGAGGUCUUCAGGGAUUCUGUUAUUUUGGUCUCUGUCUCAGUUGUCGCCGUCACUGUUAAAGAUUCGGCCUGUGGUGCAGAGGGCGUCGAGAACGUCGCAGCCAUCAGGAAGGCCGUGUAAGAAACGAAAAAUUUUGGCAAGCCGCUGCCGGUCACGAAGGGGUCCUGCAGUGUAGUUGCUGCUCUGAUAGCUAAGGGAACG